AGAGUCACCACCCCCUCAUCUCCUUGGAUGGUUCCAUAAACAGAAAUGAAAUCAGUGAAUAUUACACUUCAGUUUCUUCUCCGGAUUUUACAACCAAAGAUAAUAAGAGAACAAUUAAUCAAAACAUGAGUUGCGUUGCAGUCAGUACAUCAAGCAGUAAAUCUUUGAGUCGUGAAACUACAGAAUCCGAGAAAGUAAAUCUCAGAGACAUUAAUACGCCCAUAGAACAUAUACAGACUGAAGAUCCAUCCCCUCAUAUUAAGGAGGAAUCAGACUCACGUGAGGAAGGGAAUCUCCCAGACAAUUAUACACCCACAGAAGAUGCAGAGAUAGAAUAUCCAUCUACUCUUAUCAAAAAGAAAUUGGCUUCUUGGGAAGAAAAACGUCUUGUUGAUGCUUCAGUUUAUACAACCAAGGGAGAUACACAAGUGGACUAUACAUCAAAGUGUGAAUCCGCAUCAAAUGAAAAACUAAUUCUCAAAAACACUGAUAUUUGUAUAUGUACAGACCAUAAACAAACAGAAUGCCCACCUGACCAUAUUAAGGAAGAAUCAGCCUUACGUGAAGCCAGCACCAAAGUUUAUACAUGCACAGAAGAUAAACAGAUGGACUAUGCAUCAAAUUUCAAAUCUGUCUCACACAAAAAAGAAAUACUCAGAGACGCUAACAAUUAUACACCCACAGAACAUGCACAAACAGAGUAUCCAUCUACCCAUGUUAAAGAAGAGUCUACUUCAUAUGGAGUUGGAAAUCCCAUCCCGUUGGACCUUCUUACCCCCACUUGUCAUACUGGAAUACAAAACCGAGGAAAUGGUCAUUGUUUUGAUGGUGCUAAGUUUCCAUCUACAAAUGUAUCGCUUCUUAAACAGCACAGAGUCAACAAAAGAAGCAAACUGACCAGUUCAGAUUACAUUGGACUUGAGUGUUUUAAGCAGAAAUCACAUUUUAUGACUCAUAAGAGAGCUCCCACAGGAGAUAAGGCAUUUUCUUGUUCUGAAUGUGGGAAAUGCUUUACUCAAAUGACAACUCUUAAGAUACAUCAGAGGAUUCACACCGGAGAGAAACCAUUUACAUGUUCUGAAUGUGGAAAAUGUUUUAGUCAAAUGACAAAUCUUAAGACCCAUCAGAUGAUUCACACAGGAGUGAAACCAUUUUCAUGUUCGGAAUGUGGGAAAUGCUUUGUUCAAAAGUCAAAUUUUAAGAAGCAUAUGAAUAUUCACACAAGAAUUAAUUAUCUUGAUCAGGACAUAAACAAUAAUUUUUUGUAAACCUAAGACUUCUUACAUAUCAAAGGAUUCAUGUUGGAAAGCGGUUUUUCACUGGGUUAUUCACUAAACAUUGGAGUUUGAAUAAAAUCCUGCAGAAAUA